GAAUUUCGCAGUUUUACGACUUGAUUUGUUGUUGGUAGCAAGAUGUGUAGAAUACUCUAUAUUUUGAUUGUACUAUAUUGUCAUUUGCCGCACUUUUACGUUACGUUACAAUCAUCGUCAGAAAAAGAAUCUAUUCAUGAACUUAUUUUUGAUGAAAUAGGUGCUAUUAAACGGAAAGUAUGGGUAGAUAUGACGGCUCAAAUUCGAGAUCUGGAUGGAAAAAUUGCUGGAUUAACAUCAGCGGGAAAGACAUGUGAGUGCAAAUCGUUUGGGAAAAACAAUGUCUCGGAUCAAGACAACCUCGUGACGUAUCAAGAUUAUGUCCGGCUAUUGAAAGGGUUCAAUGAAGAAAAGUUUAUUACUAAGGCUAUGGAACAUAGACUUCAAGAUGCUCUUUUAAAAAUUUCAGAACUAGAACAUGAACUCGGUAUAUAUAAACAGGAAACUGACAGUCUAAAGGUAGAGUUUGAUACGUUUUCAAACGAACUCAGAAAAACAGCAAACGGUCUGAGUAAUAUUCAUUCUUCUGUCAUUGACUUACAGUCUGCAGACGACGAACUCAGAAAGGGUAUAGAUUCGGUUAAUGGUACAUGUUUUGAUUUCCAUAACUUCAACACUGGCUUCCUUGGACCUUCAUUUGUAAGUGAAUGGAUGUUUAUGCGGGCUCAUGACCAGGAAAAUGUUCAGCGCGUUGUGCAACAUGGAUUAGGGGUAUUGCCGUUUAAAGUAGAAGUUCAAAUUCGACCAACAACAGGACCUAAUGCAGGCUGGGUAUUUCACGGAGAUUCAGCCUUCCAAAGCGAUGAUGACUAUGGGGAAGUAUACGGGGGCAUUGUUUAUUUAUAUAACGAAACACAUGUCAUUCUUGUUGCACCAACUAAAAGUAACAAUCAAGAUGCAGGUGUUGUUGUAAACACCGGCAGCGCCAAUUUCCGUCGUAUUGGAAAUAAUCACCAAACAGCCACUGAAGCCUACGUGCGCGUUAAAGUUUGGGCUCCUUCAGACUUUCCAAAGCCAGAUUUUAAAACAGAUUGGUUACCGCUAGAUGUAGCAAACAGUUCUUUAUCAUACUAUGAACUGAAACACGGGUUAUCCGGAUACCCUCGGUUUAUCAAUGUACAAAUCCGCUGUCAUGCUGCAGAUUAUAGCGUGGUUUCUGAAGGUCUUGGCGCCACCAUGAUGCACCGGAAGAAUUCAAACGCAGGGGGUGUUGUUUAUGCCUUUAGUGACAAGGAUGUUCGUCUUUGGACGGGAUAUUUGGAGUCAACAUCAGAUAAUGGACAUUACAGGCUAAUAGGGUAUAGCGAUGGCUGGGGUUCUCUUCCAAUAAAAGGUGUUAAUAUACUCAAAGGCGAAUUCAGAAUCCUUUCAUGGAACCGUAGCGCACCAACGCACUAUGAUUUUGACACUGAGGUAAAAACCGAACGGAAUGCAUAUUUCUCGGAAUGGUCUGCCUAUGAAAACAUUUCUUUUGAUAGGGACUUACUGUCAUUCUAUGUCGAGGCAAUUGAUGGAGUUAACAAGGGAUACCGUUUCAGAGGCUACGGUAAUUCACAGUCUAUUGAUUCACCGUUCGGCGGAGCUGUGUAUGCAUUUAAUUCUGGAGGAGAUUUUAGAAUCUGGCGUCCAAAUGCCACUACUGGUGGGUACCUAAUACAUGUUCAUUCACCAUAUGGAAACGGGAAACACGUUCAAGCUUCAACAAACGGACAGUACGUGAGCACAUUGAUCAGGAAGUCAAAUCAAGUGUCUAAACGGUGAAAGGUUUAAGCUCGUUUAUACGGCGAACUUGCAUGCUCUUUGAAAUAAAUCAAGGAACGAACGGUAUACAUCGAUCAAUUUUGGAUUUGUUCGGGACAGUCAAUGAUGCGACAUACUACUGUCUCCUUUUCACGGUACAUGAUACUGGUAAAGGACGUACGGCUUAUGCGAUCACAAAAGCACAAAUGUCGACAACAAAUGGGAUAAUAAUUUGAUACAAAAGAAACGAAGCAGAGAAAUAAAGGAAGACCUAUUCAA